AUGCCCGUCCCCAAGGAGGACCACCCAGCGAAAAUCCCAGCGGACAACCUGGACGACCAUGUAUUUACUGCCCGCGAAGGUGUUACUGUAGGCGCUUCGAAAUUUGCAUUGUUGCUAUCCCGUCCUAUAGUUGUUGGCAAUGUCCGGUUUACAGAUGUAUCCCAAGAUGGAGACCUGGCAGUGGACCACCAGACGCAACAGACGGAACGCCAUCAGAUGAUUCCAGCGAUAUUGCGGUUGAAAAGAGUUGAUUGGAUGUAUUCGGUCAUGUAA